CCGACAUUCCAUUCCCAUGAUUAUACACCUCCCAAUAUUCCCAUGAACCACACUUCAUCAUCACCACCCUCUAUUUAUAUAUAGUGGUUUUUUCAUUCUUUCUUUUUCUUAAUUCUCUUCUCAACAAAUUUAAUUUAACUCAUCAUGGAUGCUCUGCUUUCUCCCAUCAAACCCGAUCUUUACAUCAACGGUCCCAGAGGAACACGAAUUCCAGCUGACGCAGCCAUUCUGGCUUCAGCAUCCCCAAUUCUAGAGAACAUGGUAAAAUCCAACAAAAUAAUCCAAAUCCGCGGCGUCCCAUACGACGCCGUCACAGCCUUCGUACGUUUCCUCUACACCUCCAGGUGCAGUGAUGAGGAUAUGGAAAAUUACGGAAUACACCUUCUUGCAUUAUCGCACGCGUAUUCAGUGCCAAAGCUAAAGCAGAGUUGCGUUACUAGUUUGUCUAAACUAGCGACUAUAGAGAAUCUGGUGGACGUGUUGCAUCUAGCAAGACUCUGCGAUGCACCGGAUCUUUACCUCAACUGUGCAAUGUUAAUCAGAAAGAAUUUCAGAGCAGUGAAGAAAACAGAGGGAUGGAAAUUCUUACACACAAAUGAUCCUUGGCUCGAAAAGGACAUUGUCCAAUUCAUCAACGAGGACAAAUCGAAGAAGAAGAGAAUGAUGAAACAUAGGGAGGAACAGGAGGUGAUUAUGCAACUGAGCGAAGCAAUGGAAUGUUUGGAACAUAUAUGUACGGAAGGUUGUACCAGCGUGGCGCCAUACGAUGUGGAUGUUAAAGAACAGAGGAAGAGGAUGCCUUGUUCGAAAUUCUCCACGUGUCAAGGUUUGCAGGGGCUGAUUCGACAUUUUGCCACGUGUGAGAAGAGGGUCAAGGGAGGGUGUAUGAGGUGUAAGCGAUUGUGGCAACUUUUUAGGCUUCAUUCUUGUAUUUGCAUUCAUCAAGAUUCAUGCAAGGUCCCUUUAUGCAGGCAAUUUCAAUUGAAAAUGGAGAAAGAGAACAAGGAAGAUGAUGCGAGCUGGAAAUUAUUAGUCAGGAAAGUGGGCUCAGCUAAAGCUAUGUCUUCCUUACUGCUGCUAAAGAGAUGAGGAAGUUCGAACCUUGACUAGAGGAAUAUAUAUUGUAAUUAUGUGGAACAAUUAUUUUCUUCUUGGUAUGGUUGAUCAGUGCGUGCCGAUGUAUGUCUAUCUUUUUGGUUACAUAGGAAUAAUACAAUGUAGUGUUAUUAACAAUGGUGAUACGCACCAUUGGAGAAGAAGAUGUAACUAACUUGCAACAGAAAAGUAACAGAAUCGUGCAAGGAGAGAAAAGAAGCUUUUGCUAUAUUGAUCAAAAAGUAGAUAAAGUACAAAGAGUGUGUGGUAUAUAUACACCUACAUGACCAAACUAAAUAUUAGCCAUUGGAUCUAAUACUAGCCAUUGGAUCUAGAUAUGUUAACUAUACAACUAAUAUGUACACUAAAGAAAUAAAGAUAGUAUAGUUAAGAUCUCCCCUCAAGUUGGACAUGUAAGCUACAUAGGCCUAACUUGGACACAAUAGAAUUCAAAGUAGGAGAAUGCAAUGGCUUGGUAAACAUGUCUGCAAGCUGGUAUGUGGUGGAGAUAGGCAACAAAUGAAGGAGCUUAGAUUGAAUCUUUUCACGAAUAACAUGGCAGUCAAGCUCGAUAUGCUUGCUGCGUUCAUGGAAGGCCGGAUUAUGAGCUAGAUAGAUAGCUGAUUUACAAUCACAGUAAACAGAGGCAGGAUGAGACAUGUGAAUAAUAAGAUCCUUGAACAGAUAUUGAAGCCAUUGAAGCUCACAAGACAAAGAGGCAAGUGCCCUGUACUCAGCCUCAGUUGAAGAACGAGAAACUGUGUUUUGUUUCUUUGACUUCCAACAAAUAAGAGAAGAACCAAGGAGGAUGCAAAAUCCAGUAGUUGAUCGACGAGUAUCUGGACAUCUGGCCCAGUCAGAGUCAGCAAAGCCAAAAAGCUUAAGCUCACUUGUAGAAGAAAGGAAAAUGCCCUUCGCAGGAAAUAGCUUCAAAUAUCUAAGAACUUUGAUCGCAGCUUGAUAAUGAGGAAGUAAAGGAUUAGAAACAAAUUGACUCAGCUGUUGUACUGCAUACGAAAUAUCUGGUCUAGUAUGAGUGAGAUAAAGCAAUUUGCCAAUCAGCUUGCGAUAUGAGGUGGGAUCCUGUAAUGCUUGACCUGAAGAGCUGGAUAACUUCAUAUUUGGAUCAAAAGGAACAGAGGAGGGUUUGCAAGCAAGUAAACCAGUGUCUUCUAACAAUUCAAGGGCAUAUUUCCUUUGGUUCAAGAAAACACCUUUGGUUGACCUAGCAAUUUCAAAACCAAGGAAGAAUCGCAGUUGACCAAGAUCUUUAAUCUUGAAUUGCUUGUCAAGAAUGCUUUUAACAGACUCAAUCUCAUGAGAAGAAUUCCCUGCCAAAAAUAUGUCAUCAACAUAAACAAGUAAAGCAGUGAAACUAUGAGCAGUAGCCUUUGUGUACAAUGAAUGAUCAGCUUGAGAUUGAGUGUAACCCAAGGAAAGAAGAAAAACAGAAAGCUUGGAAUAUCACUGUCUACUGGCCUGCUUUAGACCAUACAAGGAUUUGUGUAAUUUGCAUACCUAAGCAGAGUUAGAAACAGGUAGGCCAGGAGGAAGUGACAUAUAUACCUCCUCUUGUAAAUCACCAUGCAAAAAGGCAUUGUUGACAUCCAAUUGUUCCAAAUACCAGCCUUUAAUGGUAGAAAUAGAAAGAAGAACUCUAACUGUGGUUAUUUUUGCAAUUGGAGAGAAAGUAUCAAAAUAGUCAACUCCUUCUA